AUGGCCACUGACUCUAGCUUGAGGCUCGGGCUCACAGAUGACUCACUUCCUGCACGCAUGUUUUGGCGUGACUCGCAGCAUUGGGACUAUCCUGGGGAUCACUUCGAGCCAGGUAAUCUAACGGCCUUUGAUCAGCUUUUCAACCGCCUGGCUUCUACUUUCAAGCCAAACCUCAACAGGAGCAGACUUAGGCGUGUUAUCAAGAAAAAGAAGCGCACUGAUGGCUCACGCGACUCGAAAUGGCUGACACUAUUCUACAAGAACAUUGUGGAGCAAAUCACCAUUGCUAUAGCUCAAGAGAACUUCAAGCAUAUUGCACAAACUACUGCCCUAGCCUUCUACGAGAUGGAUCAAGACUUCUACACAAGUUUCAAGCCUGCGCACAAGGACCAAAAGGCAUUUGAGAAAAUUCUAAGCCCUUGGUGGAGGGCCAGAUACGACAUUGUGGUUCUCUGCCUUCGUCUCCAGAAUGAGGCAAAAUUCCUGAAGGAUCAGCUUGCGGAAGAGACUGACCGUACUGAUACUGACCGGAUGGCCAUAAAUUACAGAGGAGCAUUUUUCACGCAUAAUUAUAACAUGCUGCGGAGUGUGUUGGAUGAAUCCAUGAUCACUUCUCGCCAGGGCGAAACGGUCACUUACCAGAUUUUCGAACCGCUACAACCGAAGUCUAGAGGCAAUCGAGCUGGAAAAAGACAGGUUUCCAAAAGUAUAACGACUUCGGCAAGAAUGGGUCAGGAAACCUCAGAGAAGGUGUCUAUUGGCCAAGAGAAGCCACAGGUUUUCGCUGAAGGUAGAGUGCUGGCUGUGCCGGAUAAGUCCCCCGAGGUCCACGUGUCUCCCGAUUCAGACAUAGAGCUUCAAAUCAAUGCCCAAAAACGCAAACAUUUCGAUGAAGGAGAAUCCAGCCAGUCACAGCCUCAGCCGCCUCCCAAGAAAGUCAAGGCCGAAUCACAUCUGACCACCCGAGCGAAUGGCCAGGAUAAGUCAGGGAAGCACGAUAAGGAACUCGUCAAAGCUGCACAGUUGACCAAACAGGAUAUAGGGAUGCAGGCUCCCACCGCUUGCAGAAGGUGUAAGAAUGGCAGCUGUCUUGUCGCAAGGGACCCACUAGCCUUCAAAAGCCUGAAGUGCCAGAAGUGCCUGCGUCAGAAGCAGAGUUGUACUUUUGAUCUGGAGAAUCCUGGCCGCCCAAUAUCUCCGGAAGCAGGGCAGUACUUCAAGGAACAAGAAGAAAAAAAGAAGCGACGGAAGCACUCAGCGUCGGUUUCCGCAUCUGAGUCAUCAUCGGUGCCAACGGCAGCCAAGUGUGCACAGCAAUCUACAUCCAUGGAAACAGGCGGAGGAUUCAUUGAGAAAUAG